AUGGACAACACACACCCCCGACUACGAAAGUCAACCAAGGUUGACCCUGAAAUCAUGGCCCAGCCCCUCGAACCAAACACAGCCCAUGAACACGAUGCAUUGCUCGGAGAUCAAGGUCAACGCGAAAGCAACGGGGAUGAAUCUACAGAGUUUCGUGACACAACCCACCUCAAAUCGAAGCGCGCUCUGUUCCUAGACAACUCUGUUGUACGUGUGCUGAAGAUUACUUUGGGAUGCAGCUACAGCAAUUUGCUACUGCCGUUCGUGUUUCUAGGCAUACUCGCGGGGAGUCUAGGAUGGGAUGACUCGAUUUCCUUCUUCUUCAAUUUCCUGGCGAUUCUUCCUCUUGCGGCUUUGUUGUCGUUCGCCACAGAGGAACUGGCAAAAAGUGUCGGGCAAACCGUCGGAGGGCUGAUAAAUGCGACAUUUGGAAAUGCGGUUGAGAUGAUUGUGGGCAUUAAUGCGGUCCGACAGGGGCAAAUCAGCAUCGUGCAGUCUAGUAUGGUGGGCAGUAUCUUGUCGGGAAAUCUUCUUAUACUCGGUGUUUCAUUGUUCUGCAGCGGCUAUGCGAAAGAGAUGGUCAAAUUCAACGUGGAUGUUAGUGGGAUACUGUCGUCUUUGAUGGUAGUCUCAUCUGCAACGUUGAUCAUUCCAUCCGUCCUCUAUUCAACCAUACAAUCCAACUCCCAAGAAGUGGAAUCCAGCGUCCUGAGUCUCUCCCGUGUCGCCUCCGUGGUCCUACUCACAUUAUACCUAGUGUACCUCUACUUUCAACUGAAGAGUCACUCAGAGCUAUUCGUCGAUGAUAAACAAGAAGAGGAAGAAGAGCGAGUUUUGGGCCCCUGGCCGGCAAGUAUCAUUUUGAUACUUGCAACUCUCGGAGUUACCCUUUGCUCUGAUCGUCUGGUGAACAGUGUCGACGGCUUUGUGGACAAGUGGCAUGUGAGUCGGGCUUUCAUUGGUUUGAUUGUGGUUCCCAUUGUCGGUAACGCGGGAGAAUUUAACACUGUUAUCAAUUCCUCUAUCAAGGGAAAUAUGGACCUCGCCAUUGGUGUGAUUGUGGGAAGCACGUUGCAAAUCGCAUUAUUUGUCAGUCCGUUCCUGGUCAUGUGUGGCUGGGUCAUUGGGCAGCCCAUGUCCUUACGUUACAGUCCAUUCGAAACUGUGGUCUUCUUCCUAUCGGUGAUAGUCAUGGACUGCUUGAUUCGUGGAGGUCGAUCGAACUACUAUGAAGGGACUCUAUUGGCUGGAACGUAUCUAAUCAUUGCAAUCGCAUUCUACGUGCAUCCGGAUGCAGUCGAUGCACCCUUCGUUUAG